GCGUCAGUGUUUCUCAAGAAUGACUGUUUACGAAAUGAAUGAAAGAGAAAAUAAAGAAAUCGCUAAACCACAUACAAAGAAUGAAGAAGGAUUCUGGCACAAUCUGAGAAAGUAUUUAAGAGAAUAUGCGGAAGUAACAGGUCUCCAGGGAUUCCGGUACGUUGCCGAAAAACGUUCAACAGCUGAAAAGAUUAUUUGGAGUUUGCUUCUGAUAUUUUCAUUAUAUGGCUGUAUCUAUAUGAUUUCCGAAAUUGUGUACAAGUAUGAGAAUAGUCCAGUGGUUGUAAGUUUCGCGUCUCAAGAUACACCGCUGUAUAAAAUACCGUUCCCUGCUGUUACUAUUUGUCCAGAAGCAAAAUAUAAUAGGUGGUUGUUCAAUUAUAGUGAUAUCUUCCAUCGGUUAAAGAAUAACGAAUCAGUGGACGAAACAAAUUUAACGAGGUUUCACCAUUUAAGUGUUGUCUGUGAUAACACGUGUGAUGACUGCAAAUUUGAAAACAAUACCCUGGAUAACGGUUUCUUCGAAACCAUAAGCGAUACUAAAAUUUCACCACGGGAUACGUUUUCAAUGUGUGCUUAUAACUUUGAAGCUGAGUGUGAACAACUAUUUACGCCUGUUGUUGUAGAUAAGGGAUUAUGUUAUUCGUUUAACAUUUUAGGACGAGAGGACCUAUUUACCGACCACAAGUAUAAUUAUGGUCAAUACAAUCACGUCCCUCGCAAAAUUGCAGAUUAUUUUGAUGUGGAAACCGGAUACAAAGGGAAGAUAGGUCGUCCGUAUCCUAGAAGAGCGCUAAUGUCUGGUAUUGACAAUGGACUUAAAAUAUUGAUGAGGUUUGACAAAAAACAGAGAGAUCCUGAAUGUACUCAUAUUGUGCAAGGAUUUCGAGUUUCAGUUCAUAGCCCUUUGGAUGUACCUCUUCUUCGCAAACAUAGCAUUGUUAUACCUAUCAAUAAAGUUGCGGCAGUUGCUGUGGAAGCUGAACUUAUUCAAACAUCAGAAAAUCUCAGAAAAUAUACUCCCGAAAAAAGACAGUGCUACAUGCAUGAUGAACGACCUUUGAAAUAUUUUAAAUUCUAUACUCAAUCUAACUGUUUACUUGAAUGUCAAACUAAUUAUACAUUAAAAAAAUGUGGCUGUGUUGCAUAUUUCAUGCCGCGAGAUAAUACAACUGCUAUUUGUGGUAACGCUCUUCUCUGGUGUGUAUUCCAUGCUGACACUACGCUUAUAGACGUACAAAUCGAAUCUAACAUAGAAGGAUAUGACUUUUGUGACUGUAAACCUGCCUGUACAAAUUUGAAAUUUAGGGCACAAAUUUCGCAAGGGAACUACGAUGAGAAAGUAUUGUUGGAUAUGGAAGAAAGAAAUUUAAUGGAUCCGGAAUCAUUAGCAGGAGCGGCUUGGUCACUUGUAUAUAUUUAUUUGACAGACGAGCAGGUUACAACAAUGGAAAGAAAUGAACUCUAUGGUACCUCUGAUUUAAUAUCCAACUUGGGAGGCCUUUUAGGAUUAUUUACGGGAUUUUCAUUGCUUUCGAUAUUUGAAAUCCUUUACUUUUGCUCUUUACGUAUUUUCUGCAAUAAAAAACUAUACGGAAGUUGGUCAGGUCCUUAAACUAAAACACGAAAUGACACUCCAAGAAUUGUUGUACAAUUUUAUUAGAACAAAAUCUGUGUAAUUUUCUUUCACUUAGAAUAAUGGUGUAACAAGAACUGUUAUUAGUUUUAUAAUUUUGAUGUAAAACAUCUAAUUAA